AUGAGCUCUGACAAGGGAUUGCCUGUGUUCGUACAGCCGCCCGAACUUCACAUUGUUAUAUCUCGACCAGAAUCGUACAGACAACUACUUACUGUACUCAAUCCGUUUGACUUUGUUCUUCAUUACAAAGGUAAGCUUGUCAAUAGUCUUUUUUUAAAAUUUAUGUCGGGUUUAGAAUUGAAACAAUACAUUGUCUGUAAAGGACGUAUUUUAUCUAUUUUUUGUUUAGUUUUGAGUAAUGCUCCGCACAAGUUCAAAGUAACCGAAUCCAGUGGAUUUGUGAAGCCAAAAUGUUUUGUCGAUGUUAUGAUAAGACAUCUGGCCCCGGUGGAAACGCGAGAGCAGGAUUUGUUGAGAGUCGAGAUCUAUAGGGACGGCGAUCAUCAUGUAAGCUUAUUAAGUUUAGCUGUUCAAACAGUUUUUUCGGGGUCUUAGCAUGAGUAUUUGAAGGCAAGACAUAUCAUUGAUGCACUUUUUUAAAUAAUGUUUUUAUAUCUUUUGAAUAUGACAAUCGACCACUUUACAACAUAAUAUUCUAGUCCUGCGGCAAAAAAGACGUUGCUGUUAUCGUAUCGCCGACAGAGACCUCUCAUAGGUCAGCUCAAGAGUUCCGCAACUUUCCUGAUCAGCAAAGAGGGUCGCGACAACGAGGCAACAGAUUCCGCGACGAUCGUGACCAUCAAAACUUUUACUGGUUUGUUAUCGUAGCGUGCGCCUUCUCCAUAGCUACGGUAAUGCUGCCAUCGUACAAUUCGGAGAACUCUUCUAAUUCUAUUGUGCCUUCGUAUUUUCAUCCAACUCAGAAUCUGCAGCUUGUGGCCGCUUAUGUGCUGGGUUUGGCAACAAUGCAUUUAUUAGCCCGACAGAACGCUUAA